GUGUAAUUGUAGCAUUUCGCAGGACUAGACUUCCUGUCUUAGCCUCAUGCGGUAUUUCCAUGGUCAUAUAGUAUUAACUGUUAAGAACAGGCUCGUGUUAAUGCUGGAGAGGUAAAGAUUGAUGGCUGCCUGUUUGCUGUGUCGACGGGUGCCCAGGAUACCCUACCUCCAAGGCUUGAGAAAGAAUUUUGCCCAGGCUCAACACUUCUAUGACAAACCAGAGGAUGAGACCAAUGAGCAGAAAGGGGAGAAUGGAGCAUUUCAGCAGAAGGAAGCUGGUCUCCAAGAAGGCUACAGGCUGUUUUACAACCCAUCUUCAUAUCAUAAGUCUGUGUGGAACUCUGCAACCUCCCAGAGCCAAACAGAUAAUGAUGAGGAUGAAACCUGUCUCUCCACUCUUGCACCUUCCUUCUGGCAGCAGAGCAAUCACUACAGUGUGAGUUGCUCGCGACACCUCUCCAGCUCAAAAAACACACUUCUUGACUUAGCUUUCAACAAAGGCCCUGAACCGGAGAUGCCAUCAGUGUCACCAUACCACGAAAAACCCCUUAUGCCAGAUGUUCCAGUAGAUACACGUGCCUUCCACAAAUGCCGGCCUGAAUAUGCCUCCAUGGCAGUGGACCUCACGCAACGGCCUCACCCACUAGAAUGGAAUGAGGCCCUCCAACUACUCCAAAAAGCGGCUGCGUUAAGGGGCAGCAUGAAGCCAUCUGAUGUGUGUCAAUUUCUUGUGGACCUCAGCCACUUACACCCAGACAGGACGUCAUUAUUGAUGAGUGACCAGCGCUUCGCCAUGCUCCUCCGAUAUUCUGUGGAAAACCUGCGCCUCUUUACUGACCUGCAGCUGCUGGAAGUGCUGCAGUCGUUUGUGUGGCUGGAUAUGCCCUCUUCCCACACUGUACUCGAGCUGUAUGAGACCGAGCUGAGCCGAAGGACAAACCAGAUGACUUUACACCAGUUACUGUUAGCCGCUGAUUUGUGGCGCUGUACUGGAAAGCAAGCACAGCAAUUCUUGCAGCACCUCUAUGACUCAGUCCAUUCAUAUCUGGGACAGAUGGGAGUCCCUGAGCUAGUCCAGCUGUUGUAUAUAAUAGGAGAAGGUAGGCAGUGCCCAGCAGACUUAAUCCAUCCUGUACAGCAGCUUCUCAUGUGCCAUUUACAACAGUUGUACCCUGAGGAGGUUGGCGUUGUUUGCUUGGGGCUUUUUAAAUCCCAAACUUCAAUAUCCCAGAGUGUAGUGACUAAUAUUGUUGAUAAGGCACACUCUUUUGUGAACGAGAUGAGUGACUUUGCUGUGGUGAAUGUACUGAAAUUGUUGCGUUUCAGCUACCUGUAUCACAGAGCGUGGAUGGAGGCCAUGACAAAGGAAGUUCCUCGAAGGGCCCCCAAGAUGGGUGUCAAGGGGCUGAUGCAUGUGACACUGACCUGUUCAGCAAUGCAUUAUCGCAGUGAUAACAUCCUUAUGGCUGUUGCUGAAAGAGUGCCCUCGCUGGUGCCACACUGCAGGAGCAAAGACGCGUGCAAACUCCUGUGGGCAUUUGGCUCAUUACAGUUUCUCCCAGUUCAGAGUCCAAGCUUCUAUCCAAGCCUUACAGAGGCCCUGAGACAGAGGAAAGCUGAAUUCCAACGAUACCCAGAGCAUCUGCUUACUGGUCUCCUAGGCCUGGCCUUUGUCUCUCAGUUCCCAGAGGACCUAAUUGCAUUAGCCUUAAGUCCUGACUUUGUCAGGUUAGCGCUGACAUCAACACAGCUGGAGCUGAAAAAAGACUUGUUCACUUUAGAGGGGGCUGUGGUGCUGGAGUUGCCUCAGUGGACUGGCCCGCGACUGAGCUGCGAACUGAAGGAGGAGGUCACUGAGCUGCUGUGGAAGUUUGCACAGUCAGAUGUGUGCGAGAAACUUGAGGUUCAGGAGGCAGAAUCUGCUCUGCAAGAUCUGCUUGGAGGAGAGGAAUUUGUAUGUAAGAGAAUGAUUUUGCCCCACACUCGCUCCAUUGACCUGGAAGUACAUUUUGACUCCACUGGGAAGCCGAUACCUGUUAACCCAGCAUCCCAUGUGACCACAUCAUCUCCUGAGAACAGCACCGCCAAAUUUACUUCAAACCAGGGUCGGGGUAAAAUGAACUUAGGAGUAACUAUAACUGAGGAACUUAUAGCACAGCUAACAAAUACGAAAAUCACAAAACCUUUAACCCCGUCUCCUACAGUUAAACCUACAUCUCUUCACAGAGUGCAGCCUGAUGAAGGGAGACUGUUUGACACAGGGCUCCACCUGACUGAUGACAUGAUAGAAUCUCUCACCAAACACAGUGGCUCUGGCUCAUCUCCACGGGGCUCCAAAGCAGUCAAAGUUGCAAUCCAGGUUCCCAGCAAGAACCACUACUGCAUCUACUCACAGCAGUUGUUGGGCCUUCAUGCUAUGAAGAGAAAGCACUUGAAGUUGGCAGGCUACAGAGUUGUAGAGCUUAGCCGUCACGAAUGGUUUCCCAUGCUGAGGAAAAGCAGGACUGAGAAGCUGGCAUACCUGCACAGCAAAGUCUACGACUGUCUGUAAUGAUUCUCCAACCUUCAAGAGCCAAAAGAAAACAUGGAAAUUUUGGAAAACUAUGUAGACACUUUGGCUUUUGGGCAAUAUCUAGGUUGUUAUGACAAUGUGCAAAGCAUAGAAAAAUCUCUGAUAAGGAGCUAGACAGAGCUAGUUUCCUAUCUCUACCCACCACUGACUUUUUGUACAUGUUCAGUUCAUUGUGAGGAUUUUGUCAGUGUGUGACAUUUCAAGAUAUUUUUGUGAAAAGAAUGCAAAUUAAAAAGUAUUCAGUACUGCA